AUGGAUAAAGGUCAAGAACAAGUCAAAAAGCCAUUUUGUGCUCGAUGUUUUUUACCUGUGGAUUCUGAAGACACCAUUGAAAUAGCAGGGCAAAGCUUUCAUCGAAUUUGCUGCACGUGUUGCGUCUGCAGAACAAUUCCGUCGGCGUUGAAGAUGUUCUACGGGCACGUAUUCUGCAAUGGAUGCUUCAAGCAGCACGUGCUAGAUCGGUUUAGAGGCGAAUGUCCAUCUGUCCACACAAACUGGGCCCAGUGGACGUGUGGAAAGUUUGAAAAUGGUCAGGAGGGGGAUAAUCCUGGAGCAAGCAGCAAAUCCGAGGCCUCUGAAGGGAAAACAAAACGCAGCGUCUGCUCUCGAUGCCUUCAAAUGAUCAACGAGAAUAACAAAAUUGAAAUUGACAAGCAGGCCUUCCAUAGUCACUGUGCCAAGUGCUAUUUUUGCCACACGGUUCCAUCGUCCAACAUCCACAUCUGCUAUGGUCAAGUCUUCUGCGAGCCUUGCUUCCAACACCACGUCUUGCACCGACAUAAGGACAACCCGAAUGAAUUCUUCAAGCAAUGCUUCGAGCAAUUCGCGGACCCCAGAUUUGCCGAGAAUAUGAAGCAAUUUAUGGCUGGCAAGGAUGGUGCCCCGUUUGUUUUUAUGCAAGGGCAACAACCGCCAUUCUGUCGCUGUGGUACCGGCCCGCAAGAGUGGUUCGGUAAUAGCGAACCAAAGAAAUCUACAACGACCAUAGACUGUAGAACCGAUGAUUCGACUUUAGAGCUGUCUUUUGAGAAUCGCACCGAUACAUCGGACGUCCAGGAAUCUAGCAAUGUAGAGAUUGAAACGUGUGGAGUUGAAAAAAUUGAAAAACUUACGAAAUACUUGCAAGCGACCGGCGCGGGCGAAAGGGAAUGGAAGAAUUUCGACGGGAAUGUCAUUUCUGAAUCUUUAAACGGCUGGAUUGACUUGCAGAAGGGAAAAACAUCGGAUUGUUUGAGUUGUUUGUGGCAAACUGGCUGUGUGUUUUACAAUUAAAGCUGUUUCUUGUUAUUAAAAAUUAAAUGUGU